CCCGCAUACCGAACGGGUACUCGUACGAUAUUACAAACACAGCACCCGCCGAUUUCUCGAGCUAUCGCCGUCAUGAUGGAUACGACAGACCGCGGGAGCAUUUAUGACCACGACAUCCCUUCUCUGACCGCCUCGUUAGAAGCCUUCGAUCCUGAGCGCAGCAUACAUUCCAUGUACAGCUCGCGCUCCAACAUGCAUUCUUCGCGAUGGAGUGCACCGCCUGAUCAAGACGAAUCCGAGGCGGAGUCGGACGGCCCAUGGGCCCCUCCAGCCUGGCAGCGAUCUUCCAACAACCACUGGUACCGCAAAUCGCUGCUCAGUGAAAGCCCCAUGAGAACAAGCAACUCGCCGUUUGAUCGCGAAAUCACACCCUCGCGUAUUCCAUUACCCGAGUCGCCGCGAAAAGGCACGCCACGGACAAGCGCAGAGCCCAUGCCACAAUACGAAAGGCAUUUCGCAUCCGAAAAUAUGGCAUCGAGGAUGCAGAGUCCAUCGGAGGACCCGCAAGGGGAGGAGCAAGACAAGAUGGAGGUGUCGCAGCACGAGGAACAGUCGGACCCUCUCGACGGCUUUGUGCGAUUUGCCAUUCGUGGAGAGACCCUGUUCCGUACUGCACCUAUAGAAGAUACCAUAACAUCACUUUCCCGAGGAGUGAACAUGUUAACCAGGUCCAGAUUCACUUUCCUUUUAGCAAUCCUGUUUGUUAUCUUGAGCUGGGUUCUGGUCCAGCCAUGGACGACCAGUCUAAUCCCGGAUGUCGCCAACGUUGCGAACAUGGCAAAACAGUUCGAGCCGCUCAUGUAUGCUUCUGAGAACGUGAUACCCCGAUCGCGAGAGCUGGCCGAGGCUUCGAUUGCGGUACAGGAUCUAGGCGAAAGCGUCCGAGCCACAAACAUGUCGGCGUCUACGGUCAUCAUCGAUCAGCUUGAUGAUCUCGGUGAUAGUCUCAAGGUGCUGUCGGAGAAGAUCACGAGCUUCUUCACCAAUGUCGAUGGUGAUAUGGAUUCGAUUCUCAUCACCAUGGAAUGGGUGAAACGCGAGCUUCAGACCAUACAAGGGCCGCAAGUGGGUAUGCUGGACCGCGCCAUCGGCAACAUCCAUGGCGGUCUUAGCAAGAUUGGGGUUCUUGAGAAGGCAAACGGAGAACCGACGGCUGUCGGUGCCGUGGUCAAUGACGUAUUGGGACACACGGCACAACACCGAUCCAAGCUCACACUGCAGAGAACGUUUGACUAUCUGUUGACGACACUGGAAGAAAACAUUUCCAACGAACUCACGCGCGCUGAUGUCCUGUUCCAGCUUUUCGAGAGCGUAGACCGGCAAUUCACGAACCUGCACCGUAGUGUGGCGAAAGAGGAGGACAGCCUGUCGAACAAGAAGGACGAAUUCCUGGCCAGCCUGUGGCGUACGACGAUCCCCAACAAGCUCAAGAUUCGAAAGUACGAAAAGAACCUCAAGCUGCUCAAGGACGUGCGGGCGAGCACGCUGGCCAACAAGUCGGACCUCAAGGACAACAUCCGCAUCAUCUACCAAGUCAAGGAGCAGCUGGACAAGGCGCGGAAGAACCUCAUUUCCCCGUUGAUCCGGCGAGCGCAGUCGAACUCGUUUGGAUUGGAGCAGCAGCUCAACGACCUGUCGGGCACGUACGGGUUUCUGAAGGGCAUCCGGGACGCGCAAAAGCACAAGGUCCUCAAGGAGCUGUACGCGUCGGAUCCAAAGAAGCACAGCACGAUAACGACGGGUCGAGAGGAGGAGGCGGCGGUGGAGGAAACGCGGUAA